UCCGCAAAAUAUCAACACUAUAUAUCAGUCUGCAAAUAUCCGUAACUUGACAACGAGAUCGAUUAAGCCAACACAACAACAACUUCACUUACUUCUACUACUACUAACACUCUGCUCAGAAGUAUGAUGAACAAUACCAUCUUCUCUGAGUACUCGAAUUCAUGUAAGCUAUAUAAUCUUUAUUCACUCGAUGCUGCUUCGGAUUCUUCGUCUUCCACGGAAGGUAGCUCAGAUUCUCCUGUAAUGUUGGCAUCUAGCGAUGCGAAGAAACGUUGUGGAAGAAAGAAGUUUCGAGAAACUAGACAUCCUAUAUAUCGUGGGAUUAGAAGAAGGAACUCUAAUAAAUGGGUUAGUGAAGUAAGAGAGCCGAACAAGAAAAAUAGAAUAUGGCUCGGCACAUUUGCGACAGCUGAAAUGGCAGCCAGAGCUCAUGAUGUAGCCGUUUUAGCCCUGAGGGGACGUUCAGCUUGUCUAAAUUUUGCUGACUCGGCUUGGAGAUUGCGGCUCCCAACAUCGACUAAUGCAAAGGAUAUUCAGAAGGCGGCGGCUGAGGCGGCGGAGGCAUUUCGAUCGACGUGUGAAGAUGGUGAAGUGGUGGAGGAGACGAGUGAAGUCAUGUUACCUCGAAAUGUGUAUGACGUGGAUGAGGAGGUGGCGGAGUUCGGGAUGCCUGGACAGCUGAUUGCUGAGAUGGCGCAGGGGAUGAUGUUGCCGCCACCUCAUCAGUACUAUUGUGAGGGAGAUGAUAACGUGGAAUUCUGUGCUGAGAUGUCUUUAUGGAAUUAUUAAUCGACGUCUGUAGAAUAGUUUAGGAGAUGCGGGCAUCGAUGUUGUAUAUUUCCAUCUGGUCGGACUAUGAUUUAUACUGUGGUCAACUGGAAUAGGCACCAACCAGAUCCCAUCGAAAGAAUGGAGGUUCAAAUGCAUCGAGUACGCAACUAAUCCUCCAAACUUUGAUUUGUAAUUUCAAAUUAAGAUGAUAUUUUCUGAGAGAA